GCUACCGCAGCUAUUGUGCGUCGCGCUGUUGCCCUCCUCUUCCCGUUCGGGCGUCUUAGGAGGAAGGCUACGUUUCAUUGUCGCCCGGCUUAACACCUCUGGCGCUUAGCAGGACAACAGGCCGCUCCCUCGGACCAGGAAGAACUUUAGGAGACGGCAGAUUCUGGUAAAGAGACCCUAGGGUGCAAGUAAGAUACAGUUUAAGGAACCUGAGUACCCUGCUUCGGUACAUGGGCUUUGCCCGGGAAGGGCGGAGGCGCUGGCUUUAAGAAGGGGGAGGGGACAGUGCACUCCGGGUUACCCGCGGAGCUCGGCAAAGGAAAUUUUCUGCUGGCUCGGCAGCUGGGAGCAAGGAGAGGCACCUCCCACCCUCAGUGCUCACCCCCGCCUACACCCUGGGCGGGCCGAAGUGUCACGUUUGCAGUUGCUCGGGAAGGAUCAGGCCGCUCUCUGGAGAAGAGACGAGUUGGUUUCUGCUGCCUGUCAGGGGAGCGAUGACUAGGGGGCAUGUUGCUUGUUAAGCAGCACCCCGCCGGGCUCCAACUGCGUUAGUUAGCUCUCCCCGUCACCUGAAGCAAUCGCCGGGCCGCCUGUUUCCGGUACAGACCAGCCAGCUGUCCCCAGGAAUCUCUUCUGAACAGAACCAUGGGGCAUCCCCCGCUGGAGUUCAGCGACUGCUACCUGGACAGUCCUGAUUUCCGCGAGAGGCUCAAGUGUUAUGAGCAGGAACUGGAGAGGACCAAUAAAUUCAUCAAAGAUGUGAUCAAAGACGGCAACGCGCUUAUCAGCGCAAUGAGAAAUUAUUCCUCUGCUGUUCAGAAAUUUUCUCAGACAUUGCAGUCCUUUCAGUUUGAUUUCAUUGGAGAUACUCUGACUGAUGACGAGAUUAACAUUGCUGAAUCCUUCAAAGAAUUUGCUGAAUUGCUCAACGAAGUAGAAAACGAGAGGAUGAUGAUGGUACACAAUGCUAGUGAUUUGCUGAUCAAACCCCUGGAAAAUUUCCGGAAGGAACAAAUAGGCUUCACAAAGGAGAGGAAAAAGAAAUUUGAAAAGGAUGGAGAGAGGUUUUACUCCUUGCUGGAUCGGCACUUACAUCUGUCUUCCAAAAAGAAAGAAUCUCAGUUACAAGAGGCAGACCUCCAGGUGGACAAGGAGAGGCGCAAUUUCUUUGAGUCAUCCCUUGAUUAUGUUUAUCAAAUCCAGGAAGUUCAAGAGUCUAAGAAGUUCAAUAUUGUGGAGCCAGUCUUGGCCUUUCUUCAUAGCCUCUUCAUUUCCAACAGCUUGACUGUGGAACUAACACAGGAUUUCCUCCCAUAUAAACAACAGCUUCAGCUCAGUUUACAGAAUACAAGAAAUCAUUUCUCCAGUACCCGAGAAGAGAUGGAAGAACUUAAGAAAAGGAUGAAAGAAGCUCCACAGACAUGCAAACUUCCAGGACAGCCAACCAUCGAAGGCUAUCUCUAUACACAAGAGAAAUGGGCUUUGGGAAUAUCCUGGGUGAAAUACUACUGCCAAUAUGAGAAAGAGACCAAAACACUCACUAUGACGCCUAUGGAUCAGAAGCCAGGUGCUAAGCAGCAGGGGCCCUUGGACUUAACGCUGAAGUACUGUGUGAGAAGGAAGACAGAGUCUAUCGAUAAGAGAUUCUGUUUCGAUAUAGAAACAAAUGAAAGACCAGGAACCAUCACUCUGCAAGCUCUUUCAGAAGCUAACAGAAGACUAUGGAUGGAGGCUAUGGAUGGGAAAGAACCUAUCUACCACAGCCCUAUAACAAAACAGGAAGAAAUGGAACUGAAUGAAGUGGGGUUCAAGUUUGUUAGGAAGUGCAUCAAUGUAAUUGAGACCAAAGGAAUCAAGACAGAGGGAUUGUACCGUACCGUGGGCAGCAAUAUUCAGGUUCAGAAGCUGCUGAAUGCCUUUUUUGGUCCAAGCAGUUCAGGCGACCAGGUGCUUCGUGACUGCAGUUUCCCCAGGUGGGGAGUGCAUCUUAUCACCUCCCCGGUCCCAGCUGCUCGGUUUCCUGGGUGUCAGCAGGUGCCCCUGUCUCAGGUGUGCCGUGUGUCUCUCCUGGGGAGUGAGCUCUGGCUGCAACCCUCCCAGCGGAUGUCAACCAUCCGGAAUCCCAGGAAGUCUUGGUUAGGCAGUGGGAGCCUCCUUGCAGUUUGGUAG